AUGCUAGCUCGAAAUGGGACCAUGGCACCCUUAAAUUAGCAUGAGUGGCAUGAGUAUAAAGAAAGAAUAUGGGAUGAAAUAAAUGUGAAAGGGUUUUGAAUUUAUUUUAUAGUUACUAAGUGAUUGUAUAUAGCUUUUGCAUGUUAUUAGUGGUUUUUGAAUGGAAUUGUAGGCAAGCAUUGAUGCAAAUGGAUGAAAGGAUAUCUAAUGAAGUCUAUAGGGAGGAAGUGGAAAGACUGGAAGUGUGAGAUUAAGAAACAAGCUUAUUAUCCCUAUAGAACUGAUGUAGAAAGAUUAGCUCACAAGCCUAACCGAGUGGAGGAAUCACAUUGGCGGGUCUUGGUCUAUUAUUGGAGCACUCAGAAGGCACUGGAAAAAAGUGAGAGGAACAAGCUCAUUCGGAGCAAGAAAAAAUUUUGUCACACCAUUGGCCGAACAAGCUUUGCAUAUGUUAUGGAAAGAGAAAAAAGUGAGAGGAACAAGCUCAUUCGGAGCAAGAAAAAAUUUCGUCACACCAUUGGCCGAACAAGCUUUGCAUAUAAAGAUGGUCGACUAGUUAAUGAUGUUGUUGCACAAGCCUUGUCAAACAUGGAUGAACUUGUGUCACAAAUGUCGGAGUCUUCUAUGCAAUCUUCAUCUACAGUGGAUGAAGUUUUCACUCAAGUCAUGGGACUAGAGCGAACUGGACAUGUUAGAACAUAUAGUUUUGGACCAUCUCCGAGAGAUGUGUUUGGACAUAAAAAAUCAGAAGAGAUGCAAGCAAUGCAAUCCAGCUAGAUGAGCAAUUUAGUAGACAUAAUGCAGAGAUGGAGGUUAAGCAGUUAGAGAUGGAGGCUCAAAAGACACAAAUGGAGAAGCAAAUGAGUCAUGGAAGCUAAAUUUGAGGCCUAACAAAGACAGUUUGAGGUUUUUCUAGUUCAAAUGAGUGCAAUGGAUAUGCCUAUUCCUGAACCAGCUCGCAAAAACACAGAUUCACUUCAGGUUGAAAAGGUAAUAAAAACUUCAACGACUUGUAUUUUGAGUUAGAAGAGUUAUUGGAUUAUUGUAUUAUUGUAUUAUUUUUCUCUAUGAAUAUUAAGUAUUUGCAAUCUUAAAAAGUACCUG